ACCAUCUUUAUUUGUUCCCUGAGAUAUUGCUCCUUCCGGUUUCUAAGAUGGAACUAGAAUCAGAAACUCAAGAACUCCAUCUUCACGUAAAUGGCGAACCUGAAGGGAAAAAUUCAACAAAAGAGAGAAGUCACAACUACUCAUGGAGGUUAAGAGUAUCUCUCUACGUCACUCUCCUCUUAGCUGGAGAGACAAUAGCCACUCUCUUAGGUAGACUUUACUACGAAAAAGGCGGUAAAAGCACGUGGCUGGAGACCUUGGUUCAGCUUGUUGGAUUCCCUCUAACACUUCCUUGCUAUUAUUACAUAAAGCCUGAGCCGUCCAAGACUAAAACCAAAACCAAAACCAAAAACACUUAUUCUUCUUUCUUGACACUAUCUUUAGUGUAUGUUGGACUUGGCUUGCUUGUUGCUGCACACUGUGUUAUGUACUCCUUUGGAUUACUCUACCUUCCUGUCUCAACUUUCUCUUUGAUCUCCGCGUCGCAAUUGGCUUUUAAUGCCAUUUUCUCUUACUUCCUAAAUUCACAAAAAAUUACUCCUUUUAUACUCAAUUCACUUGUUCUCUUAACCACAUCUUCUAUACUUCUAGUUCUCCAAGAUGAGCCUGAAUCUUCUUAUUCUUCUUCCUCUAAGUCAAGUUAUGUGAUUGGGUACAUCUGCGCGAUAGGUAGCUCAGCAGGGUAUUCUCUGGUGCUUUCUUUAACAGAUUAUGCGUUCGAAAAGAUCCUAAGGAAAUACACUUUCAAGGUGAUUUUAGAUAUGGCCACAUAUCCAUCUUUAGUGGCUACUAUUGCAGUUGUGGUUGGACUUUUUGGAAGUGGUGGGUGGAAAAUGUUGAGGAUGGAAAUGGAUGAGUUUGAACUUGGGAAAGGCUCGUACGUUUUGAUAGCUGUCGGUUCGACGAUAUCAUGGCAAGCUUGUUCGAUUAGUAGUAUUGGUUUGAUUCUUGAAGUUUCAUCUCUAUUUUCUAAUGUCAUAAGCACUCUUUGUUUACCCGUUGUUCCUGUUCUCGCUGUUGUGUUCUUCCGCGAUGAGAUGAACGGAAUCAAGUUCGUUGCAAUGCUUUUGGCCAUUUGGGGAUUUGUUUCGUAUGCUUACCAGCAUUAUGUCGAUGAGCAAAAUCCAGAAGAAGAGCAAGAGCUUCCUCAACCUGAAGAAGAAAAAGAAGUAACAAAAGAUGAUAAAUGUCAUGUCCAAGCUUAGACAAAGUUCCACUAACCAAAGCUUGUAAAUGUGAACCAACAAUAUAAUAUAAGUUAACAGUUAUAAAUAGUAGACACUAGAAUAAA